AUGGACAUGGAAGCGGUGAGCAAUGAUAGUUUGGUGGCGGAGGCGAUAUCAAAUCGUCGACGAUCGAAUUCGGUGAGCGACGAUUAUUCGGUGCAGCGGACCAAUGAUGAUGCGACGCAGUGUAAAUUUUUUGCAGUGCAGGUGGGAUUUUUGGCUUAAAAGUUGGAUUUAAAAAUAGAAUUCAAGAAUUUUGACCAAUAAAAUGCAAUUUUAUUACAGAAAGGCUAUUGGAGCGAUGAUUUCAUCGCAAGAUUCGCCAAUUCCGCCAUCGGAACAGCCGAAACUCGUCGAUUCCCAGAAAUAUCGAUGGGAUAUUGGGCGCGCACGAAAAUCGUUGAGACAUAUGUGCGAAAAUUCCUGGCGAAACACGAGAUUGCUCAGGUUAUCAGUUUGGGAUGCGGUUUUGACACGUUGUUUUGGAGGCUUUCCUCGUCGGAAGGUGGAAAAUUGCGGAAAUAUGUGGAGAUUGAUUUUUCGAGUGUCACUUCGAAAAAGAUCCGACAUAUUUUGAAGCCUGGUCCGAAACCUGAUCCCGCCGAAUUUUUCGAGGAAAAAGGUGAGAUUUUUGGGAAAAUCUUUAUUUUUCAAGAGUUUUUCAGCCAAAAAUGAUGAAAAAUCGAUAUUUUUGAAGCUUUUGGUGUGA